UAAGCUUUAUUUUCAGAAGGCCAGCGAUUCUGGAGAACACCGAGAGUAACCUCUCAAUUCUGUCCUGCCUCAGUUACGAUUCUAAUAGUUUUCAUAAUGAGAAUACAACCUAGAAAAUUUUAACUUAAUCUGAUAGGAAGUAAUAUCAAAGCAGUCUUCAUUCUAGCAAUGCAAAAUGUUUAAACAACAGAAAGGUAAUUUGCGUUCUAACAAAAUAAACGAAUCAUCCAAGAAAAGAUCAUCACAGUAACCUUUACCAGUUAUCACACAUAAUUGUCUCUGUGUGACUCCUGAGACACACAUGUUCACAAUCUUACAACCUUCACUUGAUAAUCACGGCAGGUGUGCCGGAAGGCUGAGCAGACUAGGUCUAACUGUACUGCUUUGGCUCAGUUUCUCAGACUCUUAUCUUGCAGGUCACUUUUCUUGCUUCACCAGGAGGCUGGGCCCCGACUGGACCACCAAGUGGCCAGGCCACCUACCAGAAAAGGAACCCCUGCCAGCCGCGAGCGAAGGGUCCAGUCCUAUUGCUUCGAGCCCACAGUGGGCGGGAGGGGGGCUGGGGUCCGGCAGGAACCCAGGGGCGCAGCUUCUGUGGGCGAUUCCACUGUAGCCGCACGCAGGAGGGGUAAGGCUCGUGGGACGGCCACCCCUCGGUGAACCGCGAGUGGGUGAGUCCGCACCCACGGUGCCCCCGCCGCGGCUUCCGGUUUGGAUGACGUCAGCUCCGGAAGUCGGGGCUGGGGCUGCGGGACUAGGUGAGGCGGAGGAGUGCGGUGGAGGGCGGGGCGCGGCGGCCGGCCCAGGUUGGGGGGAGGCAGUUCGGCCGGCCUCCCCGGCCCUUGCCUUCUCCGGAAGCCCCACCCCCAGACCGACAGAGCCCCGCACCAGUCCGCCCCUGCGCUGUUCUUUUCGCAGUCGUCGGCCCCGGUCCGGGUCGGGAGCUGGAGUUCCACGGACUCACAGGACCCGGACCCAGCCCACCCAGCCCUCGAAAAGGCGCCUCAGCUGAAGGAGUCGCUCGAACUCAGACGUCCUCUCCUAGUGUGACCCGCCGGGGUCAGAGGCUGAGACCACCAUGGAACAGUGUGCAUGCGUGGAAAGAGAGCUGGACAAGGUCCUGCAGAAGUUCCUGACCUAUGGGCAGCACUGUGAGCAGAGCCUGGAGGAGCUGCUGCACUACGUAGGGCAGCUGCGGGCCGAGCUGGCCAGUGCAGCCCUCCAGGGGACCCCUCUCUCAGCCACCCUCUCUCUGGUGAUGUCACAGUGCUGCCGGAAAAUAAAAGACACUGUGCAGAAAUUGGCUUCAGACCACAAGGACAUUCAUAGCAGCGUGUCCCGAGUAGGCAAAGCCAUUGACAGGAACUUUGACUCUGAAAUUUGCGGUGUAGUCUCCGAUGCAGUGUGGGACUCACGGGAGAAGCAGCAGCAGAUCCUGCAGAUGGCCAUCGUGGAGCACCUGUACCAGCAGGGCAUGCUCAGUGUUGCUGAGGAGCUGUGCCAGGAAUCAACACUGAAUGUGGACCUGGAUUUCAAGCAGCCUUUCCUGGAGUUGAAUCGAAUCCUGGAAGCUCUGCAUGAACAAGACCUGGGGCCUGCGUUGGAAUGGGCUGUCUCCCACCGGCAACACCUGCUGGAACUCAACAGCUCUCUGGAGUUCAAGCUGCAUCGAUUGCACUUCAUCCGCCUCCUGGCAGGUGGACCUGAGAAACAGCUGGAGGCUCUCAGCUAUGCCCGGCACUUUCAGCCCUUUGCUCGGCUGCACCAGCGGGAGAUCCAGGUGAUGAUGGGCAGUCUGGUAUACCUGCGGCUGGGCUUAGAGAAGUCACCCUACUGCCACCUCUUGGACAACAGCCACUGGGAAGAGAUCUGUGAGACCUUUACCAGAGAUGCAUGUUCCCUGCUGGGACUUUCCGUGGAGUCCCCCCUCAGCAUCAGUUUUGCCUCUGGCUGUGUGGCGCUGCCCGUGCUGAUGAACAUCAAAGCUGUGAUCGAGCAGAGGCAGUGCACUGGGGUCUGGAGUCAUAAGGAUGAGUUACCGAUUGAGAUCGAACUGGGCAUGAAGUGCUGGUACCACUCGGUGUUUGCUUGCCCCAUCCUCCGCCAGCAGACGUCGGAUUCCAACCCUCCUAUCAAGCUCAUCUGCGGCCAUGUUAUCUCCAGAGAUGCACUAAACAAGCUCAUUAAUGGAGGAAAGCUGAAGUGUCCCUACUGUCCCAUGGAGCAGAACCCAGCAGAUGGGAAACGCAUCAUAUUCUAAUUUUUGCCUGGAACUUUGUUAGAAGGGGUUUUUCACCCACCAGCCUUGGUCUGUCUUGGUAAGGUGGGUGGCUCCAGUGGACUUGGUUCAUUUUAGGGCACCUGGCUGAUGAGUGCUACCAUGGCAGAGCCUGAGGAGGGAGAUGACCCAGCCCACAUCUGGCAGCUGGCUCCUUGGCUGUAAGGAAGGGGAGAUGCUGGUUCUGUGUUCCUGCUCAGUCUCUUCCUGUUUAUAUUUGCCCUUGACUUAGUAGCAAAUGAUGGAGUACCAAAGUAUUUGGCCUUUCUGCCCCUUCCCUCAGCCGUGCCUCUUAUUGCCAUGCCAAUGCUUGUCCACUCCUGCCCAAGAAUGUCAGCUGUGACCCUCUUCCUUCCCCUAUAUGGCCCCAACUGUAUGUAUCCAUUUCCCACUGUAAAUAGCUAGUUAGAACCAAAUGCCAUUGUUUCAUAACUUUGAGCAACAAAUAUAUUCACUGUCCUUCUCCUA